AUGGAAUUCAGGAGCUUUGUUGGAAUUCCAUUACUUGCUCGAGGGAGUUUCAACGGAUAUGUAGCGAAGAACACUGAUUGCCCGAGAAUAGAGGACGAAUUGGGUGCGAAUGCACAAUUGCUUGUGGAGUCGCUAAAACGAUAUGAGGAUCGUAUGGAAUUGCGUAUACCAGACCGAAAGGAGUGGACAUUCCUCAAUUCGUUCAACUACGCAUACGGUCUCAUUCUGACCCUUGGACAUGGAACUAAGACACCAGAAACAACUGGCGGUCAGAUUUUUGCGCUCAUCUACUGCAUUUUCGGAGUACCCCUUUUCUUCGGGACCAUUGCACUAACCAUUUACCAAUGCGUUAUCCCUCUCCUCAUGAGUAAAUUUUGUACACUAUACCGUCGUUUCUUGUUCCUUCAGUUGGUCAUACUGGUUUACUUCGUAUGGAAUCUUCUGAUGGCUGUUUUCCUCUAUUAUCAGGUUUUCGAGGACUUCUGGGCAUCAAUGUUCACGGCGUUCUUUAGCGGAAUGACAAUUCAGGUACCAUCCUCAAACAAGGUGACACCAUGCGGUUUACUGAUGCUUCAACUUGCAAGCACACUGUCUGCUGCAAUCAUCAUAUUGGGGAUUAUAGUAGCCGUUGCUGCGUACUGUCCGCACACGACAGACGACAACCUCGUGAAGAAAGCUGGGAUCUCUGACGAUGGAUCACAGCAACCCGCCAAAUUUACUGUAGUUGUGGAUCAAGCUGGAGAGAGUAAACUAGCCACUAGUGAAUGA